AUGGAAGACCUCCUCGACACCCCCAGUCCUCCUGCCGCAGGCGCGUUUGGCACAGACAACGUCUCUGGAGAGGAUCUCAGUUUACCGCGCUCGACACGUGACGCUGCGCAGGCUGCCUUGAGUGACAGGCAGCAGCUACCGAAGAACUCGAGAAUCUCGUCGGGAGGAUACGCUCGCCACCCCGAGGCGAACUCGGCACAUGCUGAAUCACCAAGCGAGGCCAACGCGCACGCAGGUCAGACCUAUCCAAAUGACGUGUCGGGCCUCCAGGGGUCGAUCCACGAGGACGCCAGAAAGGAGAAGCUGCUUAUUCCCAGUCCGUUUCACGAUGACGAGGAUAGCAAUCGCGCAUCUUCGAUGCCGGGCGACUCGCUCGAGGAAGAGCGAACCGCUGACGCCGCAGUUCACAGCUUGCGGAGGUCGCGGAGUGAGUCGGCGGAUGCAGGUCCAACAGAAGAUGCGGCAGUCAGUCCGUCUCCUGCAGAGGGCGUAGAAGCCGCAGGGGCUCAACGAACGAUCUCUUCCGCAUCGAAGGCGACGAACGCCAGCGACACGGAAUCCGAGAGCUCGAUCCAGGUCGCACCAGCAUCUGGUCGCGCUGUGAAUCUAAAUACGCGCGCAGACCGGGCGCUGCUAACCCAUUUGUCAAACAGCUUGUUUCCUCUGCCUGUGUCGCCUUCUUCUGGCGCCGUAGGCGCGCUCCUUUUGUUCAUGAAGACGGGCUUUUUGCACCGGAAAACGCGCCAUACUCGCAGAUUCGCCAAGCGGUUCAUGAUUCUCGACCGGCACAUUUUGUUCUCGUUCAAAUCCAUUCCUCUCAAAUGCACAAAUGUGUGUAGAUACACCUCCCGCCUCCUCUUUGCUCGCUACGCCGUCACACCUUCCCCUGCGCAUUCACUCGCCGCAGUCACCAGUGAAGAUGAUCAAUUUCACCCAUCUUCCUCCUCGUCUCAAGAAGCCGAUGCGGCGACGCGAGCGGGUCGGUUCGCGUCUGAGACGUCCUCGUCCGCAGCCCGCACAGCAGCGGGGCUUUCUGCAGGGGGCUUGUGGCAGGCUAGUGCGAUUCUGCAGGACCCCUCGUCAUCUUCAGCCGCCUCGUCGCCAGCCCUCCGUCCCUCCACUCUUCGCCAGGAGUCUGCGUCUCAGACUGUUCCGCUGUGCCCCCCGUCUCCUUGGCCUGGCUUGGCGAGCGACUCUGUUGCAGACGAGGGGCCUCCCCACGGCGUCGGACGGUCGCCGCCGUUCUCGCCCGCGCAGGCUCCGUCACCGCUGUCGGCCUCAGGCAGGCGCCCAGGGACGAACGCGGACGAGGCGCAUCGCCUGCAGAGUGCGACGGGCGGUGUGACCGCGACGCGAGCCCGUGUGGCGAGGCCGCCGGAAGCAGUGGCGAGUGUCCUCGACUCUUGCGACCUGCGGGCGGGCGUCUUGAAGACGGAGGCGGAGCUGCGCGCGGGGCUUUGGCGCCCAACUGAAGGCCAGGCAAGCUUGCCGCGCACAUCGGCUUCUCGCAGCGCUCCGGCGGGCGGCGCCGCCACCUGUUGCACGUCCGCAUCGCCUCUGGCGAUUCUGACCGACGCGGCACUGGCGGAUUUGUUCGACUUCUCGCAGGCCACCUGCGCGUGGGACCUGCGGGGGGUGCGCGUUUCAAACUUCGCGUACGACAAGCAACAGAAGGGCUUCACGUGGACGCUGCACGCGCCGAACGUGUGGCACCUCGCCCUCCAGACGCAGCACGCGAGGAAGCAGCCCGAGGAAGCGGACCGAAAGACCCGACAGAGUCGCCGGGCGCAGGCCGGCGACCUCGCACGCACGCCGUCCGCAUCCUCGUCGUUCGUGGGCAGCGAAGAGAAAACGAACGCGACCUCCACAGGCCAGCCGGCGGACGGUGGCAUGCAGAGGGCAUCCGCAGGGCGCAGGGGCGAGUACUCGAGCAGACAAGGCGACGUCAUAGGGGCGAACCAGGGUUGGGUAACGCAGGCGGAGCCCCCCGCGGUCUCGCAAGGCGCGGCGGACGAGGAAGGCGGAGACGAGGAACUGGAGGACGACCGAGAAGCUCCGUCGAGAACGCGUCGCCUCGCCAGACAGAUUGAGAAAGCCGCGCAAAAACCCACUGCCGUGCUUCGCUGGAGAGCCGCUGGCCAGCGAAGUAAACCGCAGAAAGAUGCAGUCGACCCGGACGACGACGGCCCGCCGGACGCCCCCCGCUCGUCGUCCUCUUUGUCGUCGUCUCGCCGCUCAUCGUCGUCGUCUGUCGCCGGGGCGGCGGCCGGAGAGGGCGACGAAAAGGAAGGAAACAGACGAUUCGAAGAUGAACGCUUUCUGAUGGAAGCCGCGGUCGAGGAGUCCCCCGACUUCUUCUCGGAUUGCAGCGGCCUCUCGGCGUUCUCUGGUGCGCCGGAUGCGGACUCGAUCGUUACGGCUCGCGAGCACGAGAGCGACGGAGACGAGGCAGGCGAGGAGCGCGACGAGGAUAGAGAGGGAGGAGGUCCGUCGGCUUCAACCCACCCGUAUGUCUGGCUAGGGGCGCCUCGCCCUUCGAAAUCCGGCUGUUCAGGUGCGGACGACGCGCUCGUCGGUGUGCCUACGCCGCAGCUCGCAUUUCGGUCGCUGGAGCGACGCUGCAACGAAACGGCGAACGCAGGGGGAGGAGACGGUGCUUGUUCUCCAUCCGCCGGCUCUGCGUCGCCUGCGAGGUCGCCCGCGCGCAGGCACCCGUCUCUGUCGGCGCCGGCACGUUCCCCGCCGGCGCGACGAACCGUAAAGCGCGCGCUGCCGGCGAGGGGAUAUUUUGAUGACCUCGGGGCCUUCGCCCCCCUCCCGCCGGCCGGCAUCUGCAUGGAAACUUUGACUUUCUACGCGCAGGACGCCGUGGUCGCACACGACUGGGUCGCGGCGCUCCGCAUGUGCAGCGAGUUCGGGUCGGCAGCUGCGCUGUACGCACACUCGCGCGACGUGCAGCUAUACAAUAACGCCUGCACCGAUGGCCUCCCGCACUGGCUCUGGCCGUCGGUCGAGUGGGUGGAAAGGCGCGAGACGCAGCGCCGGCGGCUGGCGGCGAUGGGCGCGGGAAUCUCUGACGCGGACGCCUCUCGCGGGGCUUCGUUCCCUCCAUCGCCUCCCAGAGCACAUGCGAACGAAGCGACGCCCCUUCCGCGCUCUGCAGUCGAGGAGCCGGUAGCUUGUCCGCAGCUUACCCGAGGCACCGAGUGCCCCCUCGACGAGGCAACAUCGGCGUGCGCUGGAGACUGGCAGGAGCGUGCAGAGUACGCAGGGCGGCCAAAGAGCGAAAGCCGAGACGGCGACGCGGAGGGCGCGAGUCGAGCGCUAGGGGGAAGCUCCCCAGGGCGCGCGCGUGAGCCCGCGAGCGAUGCCAGGCACCUGCAGGGGGGACGGCAGGCUGCGGCAGUGUGUGCGGCGCCUGGAGAGGGAGGCGGACAGGGGCGCCGGAGAGACGGAGAUGGUGGUUCACAAGUUGAGGCGAGCUACGUCGCCGGGCUGGAGCUCGACGACGGCGCAGCGAGAGCGAGCGGACAUGCGCGGCCCCGCGAUGGAGGCGGCGAAGUCGACAGAGCUGGGGGCGGCGGCUGCGUGAACCCCUUCGCGUUCGACCCCUUCUGUCUCUUGCCGCCGCCGUCGUCGGCCUCGUACUCGCUGCUCUCGCUCGCGCUGCACUCACUCGACGUGGACAUGUUUCCUGUCGGGUACACGCCUUACGUUCUAGUGAGCAUUCAGUCUUCGCUGUAUCCGUGCGUGCUCAUUCCGGCGUCGCCCUCCGCGGCCUCGUGCUCGCCGGUGCUUCCUCUUCCCGCUGCCUCGGCCGCGACGCCGGCGGCCCCCGCUUCCGCGUCGCUGUUUCACAAGCUCUUCUCGCGAGCCGCGCCGCACCCAGUGCCGACGUUUGCCCCCUCCAGCUUCGUCUUUCGGCCCUCGCCCUGCUUGAACCUGCCGCUCUUCGCAGUGACGCGCAGCCAGCAGGACCUUGUCAUUCAUCUCUACGCCGCCCCGCCGCCCAGCUACGUCCGCGGAGCCUCUGCGAAGGCGCCGACCUCACGCGGGAAGUCCAAACCCCACAAAAGGCCGCCGGGUCGGUCGGCCGCCCAAGGGGGUGCCUCCGACGGUCGCGGCGGCGACCGGGGGAGCGACGGCGGAGACGCCAGCGUGGAGACCGAGGGCGGUGCCGCAGGCGCGGCGGCGGCGCCGGCGGCGCUCCCGUGCCCCCCGCCCUCUGGCGAGCGGCCUCCGGACACGUUGGGCCCUUUUCUCUCCUCGCCGCAACCCGCGUCGUCUCCGCCGCUCUCCCUGUCGCUCGCAGGCCCGCUCGCCUACUACCUGGGCUCUGUCGCGGUGCCCAACUACCUCUUUGGCACCUCGGCGCCGCAGCGCCUCUCUCUCCCGCUCCGGCUGCCGUCGUCCUCCUCCGCACACACGCCCUCCCACCCCCUCGCCGACCUUUGCCGCACGCGCCCCUCUUCGGCCGCGACAGCUUCCUCCUCCUCCGCGGCGAUCCCUGCGGCCUCUUCGGGUUCUGCGGCCUCGUUUCUGGGCGUGGGGUCGCCGGGUCUGGGCCCGCAGCUCGCCCCCCCGGCGGCGGCCUCGGCGCUGACGGCCGCGCAGCCCGCUGUCCCUCCGGCGCCAGCGGCGGCGCGCGGCUCCGGCGAGAAGGGCAGCGAGCCGCGGCAGGCGCGGAGUCGCGCAGGCGGUCGUCUCGAGAUCUCCGUCCUCAGUCCCCUGGUGUGGCCCAACUUCCUCCAGCCGGUCGAGGAGGUCUACGACACGCCCCAGCCCUUCCUCGAGUGCGCGAGCGUCGCCGCCGGCGCGGCGGCCACCGCAGAUGCAGCCGGCGGAGGCGGGGGGACGUGGCUCCCCAUCCAGCAGCUCCUCCUGCAGAUCAAGCGCCUCGGGCGCCUCCGCGACAGGGUUGGCGAUUUCUGCGCCUCGGCGUCGUGUUUGAUGGAGUUCGCGUCGCCGUGGCUUUCGCUGCUAUGUCUGUUUUAUCUCCUCGCUGCCCUUCUCCUUCUGCCGUCUCGCUUUUUCGGCUUCCUUCUUCUCCCGCCGCUUCUCCUCGUCCUCCGGCGCCACCCAGACGGCGACGCGGCGCUCGUCCAGUUCCUCACUGAGUUCCCAUUCUUCCUCCUGCUCACGCCGCAGCGCCACCUGGCCAAACUCCUUCUUUCGCCGACGUCCUCCGCCCCGCCGCCCGCCGCCUCCGCGUCGCUGCCGCUCGCCGACAUGCUGCUCCUGCUACUGAAGCACCAGCACGUUGUGUGCGCUCCUGCGCCGUCUACGCCGCCUGCGUGUGGUCGCGCGCCCGCGCAUGUAGGUCUGAGUCGAGCGCCGGAGGAUGCCCCGGGCUCCGCCUCCGCUCGCGCUUCUCUCGCCUCGUCCGUUGACCCCUGGGCCCCGCUCCUGCCGUCGGCCCAUGACUCGCUAGCCUCCCGUUCCGCGGGCGGUGGUCAGAGCGACGCCAGGACCUCCAGUGGGGGUCGCGAGGCCGUCGAUGGCGAGCCGCUGAACUCCGCACAGGCGUGCGGAGUGACGGCGUCGGCGUCGGCGUCGUUCGCGCUAGCCACGUGCGGCUGCUUCUCGCCUUCGUGCUCGCCGUGGUAUCUGCCGCCGCCGCUGCCGCUCCUGCUGCUUCCCGGCUACGCUCGGCGCGGACCGUGGGCGCCGGGUUGCAGUGGCGCCCGCCUCAGGGACAAACUCGCCGACCUCGCGUUCUCCCUCUGCCACUGGGCGCGCGUCCUCCUCGCGUUCUCCGUGGCGGGCGGCGCGCCCACGCUCUCGCCGUCGCUCUUCCUGCUGCUCGCUGAGGACUUCUACUGGAGGCCAUGCGCGUGCGCGGCCGAGGGGGGCAACAGCGAAGUGACGCCUGCGGGGCGAAAAGAGACAGACGCCGGAGACGACGCGCGCGACGCAGUCGAGAGGCCAUCCGCCAGGCCCUGUGACGAGAAAACGCUGAACGCGAGUCGAGCGGAGACCGGCGACAGCGCAGCUCAAAGGGACGAGGCGGAAGACGAUGAGGGAGGGCGAGGCGAGGCCGAGCAGUCGGGGGUAGACGCUGUGCAAGAACGCGACCGCGGCGAGCGAGCUGAACCCUCUGAAGAAGGGAUAUCGGACCAGCGGAGAGCAGCUGGAAGAGGCGGGCUUACGAAGGAGAGCAAGACGGAUCUCGGGCGCGGAGCCUGUCAGUUGGAGCCUUGCCCAGAACUGCUGGCCCCAGCCUCGGGCAGCGAGGCGAGCCCUGACGCAGCAAGGCGCGACCGAGGCACCCAGCGAGGAGCAGCCGGCGAGCGAGGGGAACUGAUGGACGAAGGAGAGCGCCAAGCCGCAGGGGACGGCGCGGGGCGUGAACUGGAGGGCCGCGCAGGAGACGAAGGUGGAGAAGCCGCAGGCGCCGCCGAGCAACUCGAGCUGACGAACGAGACAGACGGUAAGCGAAGGACGCAUCGAGGCCGCAUAUCGACUGUGUCUCCUCGGUGCCCCGCCGAUGCAGCAGCUCAGAGUGGCCAAAGAGCGAGCCUGUGCAUGCGCUCCAGUGGAAUCGCCCUGAGUGCGCCGCCGCCAAUAGGCGACGCUCGUUCGCGUGCGCGCCAUCCACGUCUCAUGUCUUCUCUUGUGCCCUGUGCGCCCCGUGUGCCCGCAGGCGAGGACGCCCCGCGCGAAGACGCACGCGAGCCGGGACGGGGGAAGAGCGACUCUCCCAGAGGAGAGUGCGAGGGACGCCGGGCAAGCAUCAGCGUCGCAGACGCCAACGGGGAUGAAGCGGCCCCCGGAGCGGAAGCGCCACGCGAAGGCCGAGGGCCUCACGGGCGCCCGACGGGGCACACGGCCGCUGAGGCGACGCUGUUUGAGAGGCAGACACUGGAGGGACAGGGGCCUGCAGCUGCGCCGGGGGCCGCGGAGACAGAUGAGGCAGAGCCGAGUCUGCGCCUGGAGGACGAGGCUGGGAAUGGGACCUUGCGACGCGGAGCAAACGGAGAGGCAGUCGGGGAAGAGUCUUUGGGCGAUUCCACGUUGUCGCCGCGCCGCCGGGGGCCGCCGCGCUCUCGUGCGUUGUCUUCCGCGUCGUCGAAGGGCGUCACGCCUCGCGAUGACGAGCCCGCGCCUACGCUGCUCCAUGACGCGGAGCUCGACAGGCGUACCCAGGCACGUCUGCGUUCCCCUCUUCCGUCGUCGCCACGAGUUUCUCUGUCUGAGCGGGAUGCCGCAGGGGGUCCGGGAGACGCCCCGGCGGGGGCCUCGUCUGCUUCGUCGGGCGCAGAAAAAGUCCUCAGGGACGUCGCUCACCUCGCCCGCAAGUGGAUGAAGAAGCACUUCCAUUUGCAUCCGCGAUCGCCGUCUCUGCCUGGCGCGUAUGCGCACUCGGCGCUGCCUCCAACGGCCGCCGCGGACGCGUCCCGCCGGUCGCCGCGCGCGGGCGACGAAGGCAGAGGGGAGAGGGGGCUCGCGGAGGGUCGGGCGCCUGCGACGGCGACGCGCAGAGACGCAGAGGCCUCGCGGGAGAGGCUGAGGCGGUGCGGGGCCGGCAGAGACGCCCGCGGCUCGUCUCCAGGGGGGGGUGCUCGCGUGGAGGCCGGUGCGCAUGCAAGUGGGCUCAAUCCACGCGUCGCCUCAGCGCCGUCGGGCCGUCCAGGACGGGCCCCAGCCGGUGAGGGCGACAUGUGCGCUGGCGGCCGAGACGGCGAGGCGGUGGAGGAAGCCCCGACGCCGGCAGCAGAGGCCACCGGCGAACGAAGCAUACACAGGCCAAGCCAGGAGGUCGGCGCCAGGGGCGGGAAGGCAGACGACGAGGCACGCGAUGAAGGAGUCGUGGUGUUUCCGCGCGUGGCCGCGGACGCGCCCGACGAGGGACAGGUUGGAGCGCCUCGCGUCGAUCUGUUUCAGCUCGGCAACGCACUCGACUAUUUCUUGCCGCCGUCGGCGUCUUCAGGGCCCUCUCCACAAACGCCCGGUUUGAUUCCGGUGUGCACUCAGACGCCGCCGCCUCUCUCCAAGGCGCCUUCAGAGAUCAUGGCUCAGGACCCGCCGACCUGGGAAGCGUCCGACCCCCGCGCGAAGGGCACUAGCGCCGCCUCGCUUCUGGGCAAGAGGGCGCGUUUCUGCGACGAGGACGCAGGAGCGCGUGCCACCGCAUGGCAUGCUGGCGGGUUUGGUGGCGUGCAGAAAAGGGGCGAAGACGCAGACAGCGAGUCUGUGGAUGCGGGAGCGCGAGAGGGGAGCCCCCGAGCGCGGCGGGCGCUGCGACGCGCCGAGACCGGCUCGUCGGCAAACAACGCAGCGCGAGCGACUGAGGCGGGGAGGGAGUCGAGCCCAGUGCGCCGGAAAGCCGCCUCGUCAAAAAGCCGGGGGCUACCGAGGCCUCACCGAAAGGGCCGAAGAAUGUCAGGGGAGACGAGGCGCCGGGGCGACGAAUGCCUCCCUGCCGACGCGGAUCUCGACUGCGGGCCUGCAGUCGAGGCGCAGGGGUUGGCGGCUGACGGCGAGAAGCUCGAUGGCAUGGAAGAUGCGCGACUCCCGUGGACACAGAGGUCUAUGUCCCAGUCUCAGGCCUUCGGAAGCUUGUUGAUUUCCCUGAUCCUGCCUCGACUCACUCCAGUCAUGCCGCGCAGUGUCGACGUUGUCCCCCCGCUGGUUUCGCCAUACGCGUCGCCUCUUCUGGUGGCCAGGCUGCGCGCCGGAGGUGCCGCUCGGGCCGCGCUACGGAGCCUUAUAUCUGCGUUUUCGCCGUUUCAUUCCGCCUUCGUCUGCAGUCCUCCUCAGGGCAUCCCGCCCGCGAGGAGGACUCAGCAGAAGGCGGGAGUGCCUAGUCACGCAGGUGCCUCUGAGUGCGCUGUUUCGCGAAUGGGGACGGACUCAGGAGAAGACAAAGGGGACAUACGGAGACCGCCGUCUUUCCAAAGCCGGGAGAAAGGCGCGUGCGUUCUUCAUCCAUCUGUCUGCCACGUGGCUAGCGGAGAAGCGCCUGUCGUCGUUCUCAGUGCCCCUCCCUUCGCUUCGCCUUCUUCUUGUGCAGCCUCGCUGGAGGCGCUGUUACACCUCCUCACCGUGCGCCAUCCCUCCCUGGGCUCGGCGUCGCUCUUUCUCCUUCCCUCCGCGUUCUCAGUCUUUUCCUCGUCGCCAGCGCGCAGCGGAGGGCCGGAGGCGUCGGCUCGGCGAGGGGCGUCUGCGGCCUCGUCCUCAGCCUCUGUAGGCCCGCCGUGUGGCGAUUGGGGCGGCUCUCCGCCCUUGCAUCCGUCAAGCUUGGCGGCGCUUCCAACCCCUUCGAGCCUUUAUCUUGGGUCAGGGUUCGGCUCCGGCGGCGCGGUGCCGGCGCCCUUUCCGGCGAGCGGGCCUGGCGGCGCGGGGGGAGCUGUCUCCGAAGACCCCACAGACUGGGACACACCCGCGGUCGCGGCGGGAGCCGGGGGCUCGUCGCUGCCGGGGGGCGAGAUCUUGGCCUGGUAUCGGGAAGUGCGGGCAUCCUCGACGCGGUUCCUCGUGAAGCUGUGGCGGUGGGUGGUAUGGGGCGAGAAGGUCUGCAAUUUGUUUUCUUGGAAGAAUCGCAGCCUCACUGAGGUGGCGGUCUUCCUCGCGGCCCUUACGCUUGCGCUUCUGCUCCUCGUUCCCCUCCAGUACCUGCUCGCCGUGUGGAUUAUUCACGCUUUCGUCAGCGGCCAGAAGCGCGGCCUCUGGAAGCGGCUCUCGCGCGAGUGCGCGACGCGACAUGUGGAAGCGGCGGUCUACGAGAUUGUCCUGUCGGGCUUCUCGCAAAAGGGAGGCGCGGCAGCGCAGACGCCCCCCUCGCAGGCCGCGUCGCCUCCCCCUGGAGGCUACCCACGAGGCGAGGAGGAGGCUGGACGAGUUCGAGAGGAAACGGCAUGCGCUUCGCCAGCCUUUCAGCCGAUUCGCGCGGAUGCGUCGCGGCCGGUGCCUCUGCUGCCGCUGCUGCGCUUCCUCAGUCUCUCUGAGCUGCAGCAGCUCCGAGUCAACCUCUGGCGGCGAUGCGGAGUGGCGCUGCCGCUGGAGACUCUUUGGGAGGCUCUCGACGAGGCCGAGCUCGCUGAGGCGGUGCGGCGGGGCCGGCCGGAGACGACUGUGAGCAGCAGCCGCUGGGUGCGCACAGACUGGAUGACGAAUCUCCUCUUGCAUGCGCCCACCGACGUGACUCACCAGACGUCGGCGGUCGCGAUCCGCGACAGCCAGGCGUUCUUCGAGGGCGCGGAAUUCCUGCCGUCGCCGGAGGAGACAGCUGUGUGGAGCGGGUCUUCGCGCGCGGGGGGCCCGCGCCCAUGCACCGCCUCGGAGCGCAAACCCGGCGCCCCGGGAGUCGAGAGGCCAGGGCAAGAGGAAGCUGGCGGAGGCGUAGCCCUUUCAGCCGUUUCGUCUGUGCUCGGUGAAAAUGCAGAAAAAUGGACAGCGGAGGAAGGCUCUCGGGAAGGCGACGUUGCUCGCAGUCUUGUCAGCAUCGUCAGAGAGUCGAUCUUUGGCUCGCAGGGGACGCUGGGAGUGAGCGGCCGAGCUGACACCGAUGACGAAGAAGCGAGCCAGCAGACUGCACGAUUGAAUGCGGCUGCUGUGGAUGUUGUGGGCGGGGCUUUUAUCUUAUAA